UCCUCUCACAAACUUCACCGUCUCUCCUGGAUCAGAGCUACAACACUCGCAAACUCCAAACAUGGCGAGAGGUUUAAAGAAGCAUCUGAAGAGGCUGAAUGCCCCUAAGCAUUGGAUGCUUGACAAACUUGGCGGUGCUUUUGCCCCCAAGCCAUCUUCUGGACCACACAAGUCUAGAGAGUGCCUUCCCCUCGUUCUUAUCAUCAGGAACAGGUUGAAGUAUGCUCUUACCUACCGUGAAGUCAUCUCCAUCUUGAUGCAGAGGCAUAUCCAGGUUGACGGCAAAGUCAGGACCGACAAGACCUACCCUGCUGGUUUCAUGGAUGUUGUCUCUAUCCCCAAGACUAACGAGAACUUCCGUCUUCUCUAUGACACCAAGGGUCGUUUCCGUCUCCACUCCAUCAGGGAUGAGGAAGCUAAGUUUAAGCUUUGCAAGGUCCGAACUAUCCAGUUGGGACGAAAGGGCAUUCCUUACCUCAACACCUACGACGGUCGCACCAUCCGUUACCCUGACCCGCUCAUCAAGCCCAACGACACCAUCAAGCUCGAUCUUGAGGAGAACAAGAUUGUUGAGUUCAUCAAGUUUGAUGUCGGCAACGUUGUGAUGGUUACCGGAGGGAGAAACAGAGGGCGUGUUGGUGUGAUUAAGAACCGUGAGAAGCAUAAGGGAAGCUUCGAGACGAUCCACAUCCAGGACUCGACGGGACAUGAGUUUGCGACGAGGUUGGGUAAUGUGUUCACCCUUGGCAAAGGGACAAAGCCGUGGGUGUCUCUUCCCAAGGGUAAAGGUAUUAAGCUUACCAUCAUUGAGGAAGCCAAGAAGAGGCUUGCUGGUCAACAGGCUGCUUGAUUUUUGUCAUUUUUUCCAGCUCUUUUAUUAUGUCCUUUUAGACGUUUUACGUUUUCGUAGACUUCGCUUUGGUUAUUUUUUGUUUUGGAACUCGUGUUAUUUUCUCUGUUUCAAGAAUUCAACAAAAACUUCAAAUA